GUUUUGUUUGGCCACGUGGAGCCGCUCAGAACAGCAGAGAUCACAGGUGACAACUGUAGCUGCUCAGCGAAGUUCUUGAGUGUUUUAACAUAAAAAAUAAUGAGGUCGGUUUAAGUGGGAUUUGUGGCAACUUGGUCAUCGGCGGUGGCAAUACAGCCGGGCGAGUCUGAUCAAGUGAUCUCGUCUGGAAACGCGUUAGCCCCUGUGUGGCUGAAGGCUAAGCGGUUAGCAGGAUUAGCGUCACACGGGGCAGCAUGGGCGACAGCAGUGUUGUCCCGAGGCUCGGCAACAUGAAGGCUCUGCUCGGGCUGCUGGCUGGAGCCGGAGCUUCCUAUGGGCUGUACAAACUUCUCAGCGGGGAAACUUUCCGGAAAAGCAAGAAAAGGGCCAGCAGUGACAGUGUGAGGAGCAGCCAGCAGGGCGAGGGCAGGCUGCAGCCCGGCAGCCUGCUGGCCAAGGUGUCCGGGCUGGACGUCGCCUGUCCCGGGCAGGGGGACGACGCUGCAGCAGGCGACAUCAUCCACCAGUCUCCACACAAUCUGGAGCCACGACACUUGAGGAUGCUGCUGUCAUGUCUGCAGACUGGUGAAGAUCCAUCUGACAGGUGUCGGAUUCUCCUGACUUUAGGAAAUGCUGCUGCCUUCACCAUGAAUCAGAAUCUAAUUCGGGAGUUGGAUGGCAUUCAUAUCAUAGCUGGUUUCCUUUCUGAUCCAGCACCAGAGGUUAGAGUGCAGAGCCUGAAUGCUUUAAAUAAUCUGUGUAUGAACAUCGAAAACCAGGAACAAAUAAAGGUUUAUGUGUCACAAGUGCUGGAGCUCAUUGAAAUGUCACCAGUGAAUUCAAACCUUCAGAUCGGAGCUCUGCGGCUGCUGACGAACCUUUCAGUCACAGACAAACACCAACAUUUGCUGAAGGAUUCAGUUAGACUUUUAUUAUCUCUUCUGGUUGUGAGCAAUGAAGCAUUGCAGGUUCAGACACUAAAAGUCCUCGUCAACUUGUCAUCUAAUCCUGAUAUGAUUGAUGAAAUAGUUCAAGCUCAGGCGCCAGCUUCGGUGGUGCUUUUGUUCGACGUACGAACAGCCCCUGCAGUGCUUCUGCGACUGCUAACGUUCACAGGGAAUCUGAAGGCGUGGAGGCCGUCUGCGCAGGUGGCUGAUGAACUAAGAGGAAAACAGGACUGCCUCUUCCGGGUUAUGCUGGACCAGUCCUCCCAGCUCCACAGCAGACUUGUUCAGCUGCUUUCACACCCUGAUGGGGAGAUUCAGGCACACGUGGGGCGUAUUUUGACAUAGAGCCCCCUCUCUGCACCAGUGAUGUACAAAUGUAUUUUUGUUUUCACCCAGUUUAAAAUACGUCCCAACUUCUGUCACCCUGGGACGGUUUUGUAAAAUUGUAAAUCAAUAAUUUUAUAGAAGAGCAGGCAUUGUGGUCUUCUGUGGAUACUCAGGUGCAUCUUCUUUAACCACAGUGUCUCCUUAAUCCCUGUUAAUACCACGGAAAACCAAAUGAUCUAUUCCCUUCACCCUCCUGGUUUCUAUCCCCUUGUGCUGCUGUGAACUGAUAAUAAAUGUUCGAGCAGGAAGCAGCAGGACUCGGUUUGUUAAAAUAUCCCCAACUUUUCUGCUGAAGUAUUCUCAUCACUCGACUACCUUCGGAGAUCCACAGUGCCCUCUUUUCUGACAUCAAAAAACUGAUAUUUUCAAGGUAAAAUUAAUGAAUAUAACCCCACUGCCAAAGGUUUUUCUACAGAAUGUCUCAGACAGCAUAAGCCUGUUUACGUCCAACUCUGUUGUUCAAACACUGAGCUGGAGACUGUACACCUCGGCAUGCCUUGGAAACACCGGUGAAUGAUAGUUUUUUGUUUUUUUUUUCUUCUUCUGUUCUCCAGCUCCAGUCCUUGUUGAUAUAUCUUGGAUAUGAAAGAAACUGUUUAACCCACAGACUGGAUGGAUUCUCAUACUAGGAAUCUGCAAGUGAGGGGCAGAGCUAAUACUUGAAAACUAUAAAGUUUAAUCACUGCUUUAACAAAAUUAAGAGGAUUGAGCCAAGUGAAGUACAUGAAAAACCCCCUACUUGGGUGAACUGUGAGUUGUUGGACUCUGAAGCUACAGCAGCCAUAGCCUGAGAGGCUCGAUCCAGGAUGUAUUUGAUCAUGUAUUUGAAAAAGCCUCAGCUGGUCCGCAUACUCUUACAAAAAACCCCUAGGGAGGAGCCAGAGGAAGUUACAAGGGAAAAGGAUGUCUGGACUGCUAUUAUUGUUUUACAACUACAGCAAGUAUCAAGAAGAUGAAUGUUGGACCUAAGUAGCUUGGUAAAAGAGCCAUGAGUAUUGUGUUAGGUGAUAUCUAGCUGUGUUGCCAUAUUAAGCUAUGCACUAAUAAGACAUAAGUCACUGAGCCACCUGUUAUGCAGUUGUUGGACUGGAGUUGUUGAUCCAUGUGUUCAUCAUACUUGCAGAGGGAAGGGUUUGUGGAGGUUAUUUUAAAGUAUGACUGUUCUCAGACUGAGAUAAGUGUUCAGUUUUAUAGCAGAUGUAGGAACAAAUACAAAAAAAUGCUGCAUUUUAUUUCGUUUCUUUUUCUAAAAUGUUGAGACACCUGUUUUAUCAAAUCCAAAUAUAUCUCAGGCGAUUAUGGUUUACCAGAAUAUAUAUAUAUAUAUAUAGGACAAAAGCUGAUUUGUGACCUAGUUUAUCAUAUUUAUUAAAGUAUUUAAGCUUUUUUGUGAAUUAUUUGUUUUAAUUGUUCAAUAAAUACCCGAUAAGACAGAUCAAAGUCUUUUGUUGUCUUUGAAUGUUCAGACAUCCGUGGAAACAUUGAGCCAAAUGCAGUAACUCUUAUCUGGAGCACUUGAACUACAAAAUAACAUUGUUUUGAUGCAAUUUUUCUUAUAGCCAAGUGUCUCCCUCUCUACUUAAAUAUUCCUCAUUUUGUUUUUACCACAGCAGUUCCUUGU